UAGUAAAUUCACAGUGCACAGCACGCUGUUUCUCUCCUCCUAUUAGGAAAGAGAGAAAGAAGCCGAGGUGGAGCAUAAAACCUUCACAAAACACCUCUCUAGGGCCUCAAUUUCACAUUUUUCAUUUUGAUUUGGGGAAAAAGUAUACGGAAAAACAUCGGAAAAUGGUAGAUUUCGGUAGGGUUCAGAAGGAAUUGCAGGAAUGCAAUAAAGACUUUGAGGUUUCUGGGAUAAAGGUCAGCCCUCAGGGUGACACUAAUCUCUCCCACCUGCUUGGUACAAUCACUGGUCCUGUUGGUACACCGUAUGAAGGCGGCACCUUCAAGAUAGACAUUACUCUGCCUGAUGGUUACCCUUUUGAGCCUCCCAAAAUGCGGUUUGCAACUAAAGUGUGGCACCCAAAUAUUAGCAGUCAAAGUGGUGCCAUAUGCCUUGAUAUCCUGAAAGACCAAUGGAGCCCAGCGCUGACUUUGAAAACAGCACUUCUUUCUGUUCAAGCAUUAUUAUCUGCUCCCGAACCUGACGAUCCCCAGGAUGCUGUUGUAGCACAACAGUAUCUAAAAGACUAUCAGACGUUUGUGGGGACGGCUCAUUACUGGACAAAUGCAUUCGCCAGAACAUAUGGUGUUGAGGAAAAGGUGCAGAAGCUUGUGGAGAUGGGAUUUUCUGAAGCUUUGGUGAGAAGUGCUCUCGAGAGUGUUGGUGGCGACGAGAACUUGGCUCUGGAGAAGCUCUGCUCCAGUUAAUAGAAGCUGCGCCAUAAGUUACUGCUCACUUGAUUCAGCAUCGAUAUAUUAUACUACUACUAAAACAAAAUUGUGGACUACAAAUUUUUACACUUUAAUGUCUAUUCCACGGUGAAGAAGUUGCAGUUGAUUAUUGUUA